AUUCCUAUAACGCGUACGAGCUGCAUGCACACGCGAGGUAGCGUGCCGUUGAACCAAAUUUUCUCUGUUUUUCCCGCCUCAAUGGCUGCUGAAAAUGAGGUAACCCGUCCUUGGACGGACGAAGAGAUUGUCUCCGACGACAUUGGCAAGAAGGCUAUCGCAACAUUUCUGCAAGAACAUGCAUCAAAAAGGUUCCUGAGGGACCACAAGAUGCUGGGAGCUCUGAAGCAUGUAGUUAAAACGUGCAACAAGGAUCAGUUUGUUAAAGCCUACAAGGACUUGUUUGAAAAAAAGGCUUUUAAAGGACCAGGCGACGAUGAAGAAGAACUAGAGGAAGUCACCAAAAAGACGGCAGAGGUCCAUGUCAAGCCCAAGCCCAAAGAGGAAAAGGUUGCUGAGGUGCCUCACUUUACCAAGAAGAUAGUGAAGCAAGGAGACAAGAGCACCUUCCCUAAAAAGGGAGACUAUGCCUCUGUGUGGUACACAGGCAAAUUGACUGAUGGCACGGUAUUUGAUACCAACAUCACGACAGGCAAGAAAAAGAAAGCUGCCACACCUCUUAAGUUCAAGGUGGGAACUGGCCAGGUCAUUCGAGGUUGGGAUGAGGGAGUUUUGACUAUGUCCUUGAAUGAGAAGGCGGAGCUUACCAUUCAGCCUGACUGGGCGUAUGGAAAGAAAGGAAAGCCAGAGUCAAAGAUACCACCCAACGCUACUCUGAUCUUUGAGGUGGAGCUGAUCGGCAUCGACUGAUGAGCGAUGUGCCUAACUCAACUCAUUCUCCUGCCUUUACAGAAAAAUGGUGCAUGCUGUAGUGAAGGGAGUGGCCUGAACCUAUUCUAUACUACCAACGCUGGGAAUAGCAAUGGGGCUGGUGAUACUGUGAUUGAGACAGAAAGCUCAUGAUUCCAUAUGUAAUAUGUGAUCCUUUGGGCUUGAAGAAUGUGUGCAUGAAUGAAUCAGAUAUGCAAGGAUAUAUUCAAUAUCAUAAUGAUAUUAAUCAAUCGACAGUGUUGUAGUUGUGUACUUCACAAGUACCAGUAUGUUUCACUGGUCAUGACCAACGUUUCCACUUAUAAUGGAUGGGUAAUAUAUUACAGCUAUGACAUGGUUCGUGACUCACAUUGAGGCUAGGGUGCUAAUGACUGCUUGCAAAGAUGUGUUAUGACCUGAGAAACAGUUGUGAGUAAUUGUGACUCAUAUUGAGAUUGGGGUUCCAAUGACUGCUUGUGCAGACUUAUGUUUUGAGAGGUUGUGAGUACUUAUAAAGAACUCUACCACAACACUGAUACUUGACAAGAUGAAAUCUAACUGUACAUUACUGGCUUGGCAGUAUUCACAGAUUUUUAUUGUUGUCCUUUAGUCAACUGGCAAGAAUCCACCGUAGGUUUGAGUGCACAAGUGCGUUAACUAGAAUUGGUUUUCACCAUUGUGAACUGAAAUCUGCUUGUGCUAACAGUCAAAGUUUAAACAUAAGGCGUAUGUUUUACAGUAUAAUUGUGAUUCUGUUCAAGCUGCUAUGAAACAUGUUUCUAGAGUGAACUGGAGUGUGCUGAGUUGCACCCAAGUAUCAUCCGGAUGAUUACAUUGUGUGGUAUUUCUUGGUUUUUAUUUUGAAAGUUUGAGCUACCCUCACAGUGUUUUAUCUAAUGUAUUCCUUUUGAAUCAAAUUUGCACUCUAAAUGAAACCACAUCUGAUGUGAUUUCUAAUUUGAUGGCUCUUCAUAUUUCGCUUCCUGGUUAUUGCUUUAUUUCAUUUUCAGAGGACAUAAAUUGUAGUUCAGAGGUUAGGGGACAAAAUUGUGGUGGGUAAAUUUUGUAGCAAUUAGAAAGUAGUCUUAGAAUCCAACUGAAUAAAAGUUUUUGUUGGCUGUUGUUUAAAAUGCUCUGAGCAGAGUUAUGACAGACAACAGAAGACAGAGACUUGUCAGUUGAAAGCAUUGUUAACAAUACAUUUAAUGCAUUGUUAAAGCCAAUGUGUCAGUAUGCUCGCUGUGUAACUGCUCAUAUUUUCUUAAAAAAUAACAGUCUAUUUUAAGUUGCGAUUACAGAUCUUUUAUUUUUUGCUUGGUUAAAAACCUUGAGCUAAAUUUGUUGAAACAUUCAAAGAGGCAUCUUUUUUUCUUUUAGGUAGUCAUUUAUGAUGUAACAAGAAAGGAAUUUUUUAACUAAUGAAAAUCCUUAAGUAGCUUAUCAUAGUUUUAUUCUAGCUUUACAUUUCUUGAUAUUGAUAUGGUUUUCCCAACAGAAACAUCAGUAGAAAUCUGUUUUUGCUAUUCAGUACUUGGCCCUGUCAUGACAGCCUGAUGCUCGGGAGAUUAGAUUAGUCUGGGGGUCGGAUUUUACUUUUAGUAUGCAUCAAAUUGUUGUUUUGAGCUCUUUAAUUUUCCAAAUGUUCGUCUUGAAAAAAAAAUUCCUUCUUAUAUUUUAUGAACCAAAAUGUUGCUUUUCUAUAACAAAAUACACUAACGGAACCAUCUUUUUCAUCACCAUUGUGCUUGAUGAUAAAUCUUAUCACUGUUCUUUUUUGAAGUGGUAAUGAUUAUUUCUUUAAAAAUGUGUAGAAAUCACCACUGAAAAAAUUAAAACAUUGUUUCUUAUUCAACAUAUUAAGACUUGAAUUUUAAAAAAAUUAGUUAUUACCAUCCCUCCAGAAGCAAUGUCAGAUCAUCUAAGAAUAGAUGAUCUGACCAGAGGAUACUGUGGUUGUACUAAGGGGGAUGAGGACAAAGCCAGUCUGCUUGAGGUAUAUACCUUCCCCCUCCCCCCAUUAGAUAUCUGGUAAUAGUCUGCCUUGGUCAGUAGUUUAAUUGUGACUGUAUUGACUUCACCCUCCUGCCAGAAGAUGAGGGCCCAGUUAGGGGGAUUGUGUAUUUGGAGACCCUGUGCCCAUAAUAGAACGGAGAAUUUUAAGUUUUGGACCCACCUAGACCGAAGAUAGUGACACCAUGUUAAAUAGAUGCAGGGUUAAUUUUGUGGACAGAGGACUGGGUUUAGAUUUUUGAGGGCAAUCAAUCAUGUGGUAAGUAUUGUUGGUGUUAAUACACAUGCAUGAAGGAAUAACUUUCACAUGGUUGGUAAUCGGUCAAAAAGUCAGAUUUUGUCACACUUCACAAGUCUAAAUUCACAAAUAACAAGAUGAGCAUAAUAAAGAAAA